AUGAAGUCCCCGUUGGCGUCGCUGCUUUGGCGUUCCUUGCGAGUUUACCAGGUCUUCGGAGCGAAUACGGACGUCGGCAAGACCAUUUUCACGACAUUGCUUACCAGGACGGCGAAGAAGCUCUGGAAGGAUGAGCAGGUGACUUUCUUGAAGCCCGUUUCCACGGGUGCAGUGGAUGACGCUGAUGAUAGGUAUGAUUGCCCUUUCUUACAUAUAAGUCGUUUUGCACCUGGCGUUGCUCGCAACACCCUCUAUCAGUAUGACAUUCCCUGCAGUCCUCACUCUGCAGCAAUCGCAUCUGGACGGCCCAUCCCCUCAGAUGACGAGUUACUAGCCAAAUGCCGUGCCUUUGCAACCCAAUGCGCCACCAAGCAAGGCUGGUUAUUCAUGGAAACUGCCGGCGGCGUCCAUUCUCCCGGACCAUCUGGCAAAACCCAAGCUGAUCUGUACAUUCCUCUUCGUGCACCCUCUCUGCUCGUCGGUGACUCUCGUCUCGGAGGCAUCUCUCAGACAAUUUCUGCGUUUGAGUCUCUCCGCAUCCGAGGCUACGACGUCGAAUCCGUGCUUCUCUUCAAAGAUGACACCUAUGAGAACUACCAGUAUCUCGAGGAGUAUUUCCGCAAGCAAUAUGGAAUUCCUGUGACCAGCCUACUUGAACCGCCUCAGAAACACGAAAACCCAGAGAAAGAUGCCGAGGCCAUGGAAAAGUACUACGACCGCAAUGACUCGACUGAAAUCACUGGGCAAGUGCUAAAAACCUUGGACAUCAACCACCAAAACCGCUUAACAAACUUGGAUACCAUGGCCACCCGCGCCAGCGAGCACAUCUGGUACCCAUUCACACAGCAAAGCCUCGUCGGACCCAAGGACAUCAUGACCAUUGAUUCCGCACACGGCGACUACUUCCAAACCCUGGCACCACCCUCACCGCAAACAUCCCCAGAAACACCUGUCCUCCGCUCAUCAUUCGACGCCUCAGCAUCGUGGUGGACACAAGGGCUCGGCCACUCCAACCCCAAGCUCACAAUGGCAGCAGCAUACGCCGCCGGCCGCUACGGCCACGUCAUGUUCGCCUCUGCCGUCCACCAACCCGCCAUGGCGCUCGCGGAAACCCUCCUCAACGGCAUGAAGAACCCGCGUCUCAAGCGCGUGUUCUACUCCGACAAUGGUAGCACCGGCACCGAAGUCGCCAUCAAGAUGGGUCUACGGGCAGCGAGGAAGCGCUACGGCUGGGACACGUCUCAGAAACUGGGCAUCCUGGGUCUCAAGGGCGCAUAUCACGGUGACACUAUCGGGGCAAUGGACUGUGCUGAACCAGGCAUUUAUAACGAGAAGAUUGAGUGGUACGAGGGCAAAGGGUACUGGUUGGACUAUCCGACCAUCUUGUGCAAGGAUGGGAAGUGGUGCGUUUCGGUGGCGGACGGGCUGCAGGGAAGCUUUGGUCCCGGCGGGGCAUUUGGUUCGCUGAGUGAGAUAUUUGAUGUUGAGAAGCGAGAAGCGAAUGGUGAGCAGGCUAUGUAUGAGGAGUAUAUUACUUCGACGUUGCGGCGGUUGAAGGAUCAGGGACGCAAAUUUGGUGCGUUGAUGCUUGAACCUAUCAUUCUUGGUGCAGGUGGCAUGGAAUUUGUGGAUCCGUUAUUCCAACGUACGCUCGUUAAAACUGUCCGCAAAUCCCCUCACCUCUUUGGCGAAUCGUCUCUUUCCGCCACGGAAGCCCAGGAUCCCAAUGAAUGGGCCGGUCUGCCCGUCGUAUUCGACGAGGUCUUCACCGGUCUAUACCGUCUCGGCCGUUUCACCCCCUCCUCCUUCUUAGGCGUCCACCCUGAUAUUUCAGUACAUGCCAAGCUCCUCACCGGCGGAUUGGUGCCGCUCUGCACAACCCUAGCCUCAGAAAACAUCUUCAAAAUCUUCCUCAGCCCAGAUAAGACGGACGCUCUGCUCCACGGACACAGUUACACCGCACACCCAAUCGGGUGUCAAGUGGCGUUGGAGUCAGUCAAGGAGAUGCAGGACAUGGAAGACCGUGGAGAAUGGGCGUGGGCGAAAUCACAAGGAUGGACGCAGGCUUCUUCGUCACAGAUUGACGUAUGGUCUACCUGGCCGAGGGGGUUCGUAGAAGACUUGUCCCGCCAGACGGACAAGGUUAGUGGUGUGUGGGCAUUGGGCAGCGUUCUGGCUAUUCAUUUGAGAGAUGAAGCUGGAUCGGGAUAUAGUAGCAAUGCUGCGCUGGGGCUGAGAGAGAGUUUGGGUCUUGGGAGGGCAGAUGGAGAGGGCGGACCGUGGAACGUACAUAGCCGUGUGUUGGGGAAUGUGCUGUAUGUGAUGGCUAGUCAGGUCACGUCUGACACGAGCGUGAAGCAGCUCUCGGAGUUGUUGAUGGAGGGUAUUGCUGGAAAGAAGCAAUGA